GCCAGUGUUUAGAUAAACGUAAUCGCUGCCACCUAUCCUGUCCCGUCCCGUAGCACUGGUCAUUAUACUUCUGACGCUGAGUGAAGUGAGUCAAGUGUUUAUUGUUUUUGUGCGGUUUUUUCGUCGGGCGUAAUAUCGUGCAACAAUGAGCCGUAAACGUAAGUUGCAGAAGGAAGAGUUUGAGAAGUUGAGGAAGCUGGAACGUUCAAUGAAGUUGGACUCUUCUAGUCUUGCUCUUCAUGAUCCUCGUCCGAAGCCAAGAAAGAGGUGAAUGUU